AUGAGGUGGGGGCAGCUUAGGUGGCACGCGGUCGCCCUUGCGUGCGCGGUCGCGCGCGCCGCCGCCGCUGCGGUGGUCAUCGACGGUACGACGCCGACGUGCCCCCUCAAGACCGGCGAAGUCCGGCAGCUGGACGCGGCCAAAAACUACACGCGCAUCGAGUCGGCCGCGCCGUGCGUCCUCUACGACACGGCCGCCGCGGCGCCGCCCGCGGACGUCGUCGAGCUGACCGUCGUCCAGGCCGGACCCUCGCAAUGCAUGCCGCAUCUCGCCGGCGCCAAGGUCGCGGUCGACACGCUCAACGCGCUCAACGACGACAAGGGCUUGCGGUGGGCGUCGCGGGCGACACCCGCGGAGGGGCGCGCGGACUACGACGCGUUCCACGACAACGUGACGCGCGCGAUGCUCGCUUCCGACGGCUUCGCGGACGCGUACGGCGCGCCGCGGUACCUCAUCGGCUCCUGCAACAAGGGACCGUUCGCCGACGCCGAGAAGUGGGCCGCCGAGGCGGCCGGCGUGAUUCUCAUGGCCCAGAUCGGCGCCGACUCCACCUACGAAGAGGGACUCGCGAACCUGUUCGGCAUGCACCUCAGCAGCUACAGCUACUCGGUCCCGGUCCUGCAGCAGAUGCGCCGGAGCGGCGCCCGGAAGAUCGCCGUCGUCACGUCGACGCACAGCAAUUUCUUCGUGACGACGUGCGCCUUCGGCAAGGAGUACGCCGUCGGCAACGUUACCGUCGCCUCCACGAGGCAAGACGAAGCGGACCUGGAGCUCGUCUACGACGUGUCCUUCGACCCGAAGGCCGACGAUGAUGGUGACGGCGUCGCCAACCGCGUCGACGUCGACUUCCUCGACGGCGUGGCGACGGGCGUCUGCGACUCGGGCGCGGACGUCUUCAUGGCCUGCGUCCAGACGGACGAAGCGAAGGUGCUGGUGGCGAAGUGGCAGGCGCUCGAGUGCGUCCCGGACGCCGUCUGGCUCACGUGCGCGGGCUGGGGGGCGGCGACGCGCGGCGAAUCCGACGCGCGCAACUACGCGGCCGGGGGCUCCCAGGUCGACGUCGCCAUGCCGUACUCGGACGAAUUCUUCGGAACGAUAGAGGCCCUCGUCGACGCGGGCGAGGCGGCGUUCGGCUACCGCUUUGACUACGAUUAUGUGAGCUCGUAUUCGUGCGUCUACGUGCUUUACAGGGCGCUGCGGGCCCGGUACGACAACGAGGCCGUCGACGCCGCGGGCCUCGCGGCCGAGCUCGCCGACGCCGACGGCUACGCGCAGCUGCGCGCGAACCUGGCGCGCCUCGAGGCCCUCGAGACGGUCUUCGGCCCCGUGGGCUUCGACGAGAUGCAGCGGAACGCGGGGCGUAACCCGGGCGCCGUCCAGCCGCUGCCCGCGGCCGACGGCGGCUUCGCGCUCCGCUGCGUCGGGCCGAUCGAGGCCGCGGAGACGCAAUACGUCUACCCGGCGCCCGCGGCCCUCCCGUGCCCGCUCAACAGCUUCGCGAACGCGUCGGGCGCGUGCUUCCUCUGCGACAACGAGUGCACGCGGCGGUGCCCCGUCGGGUCGACGAUCCACGACCCCGCGCUCGUCGACGGCGCGGGCGCCGCGUCGGUCGCGUCGUGCACCAUGUGCCCGGCCGGCUACGGCAUCCGGGGCAGCACCUGCCAGCCCUGUCCCUCGGGCUCCUCGUCCGCGGCGGGGUCCGCCGUCUGCGACGUCCGCGCGCACUACUACCGGUGGCGAGACGAUGCUCCGGAACUCUACCGCUGCCCCGCGCACGACGACGCGUGCCGCGGCCAGAAAGCAGGCGGCGCGGGCGCCGGCGACGCGCUGUGCGCCUCCAAGGCGACGGGCCCGCUCUGCAUGCUCUGCGAACCGAAGCACCACCGCGUCGUCUCGCGCCGGGGCCGCGCGCGGUGCAAGCGGUGCGACGAGUGGACGGGCGUCGCGGACGUCUACGGCUAUCUCGUCGUCUUCGCGGGCGCGGCGCUCGUCGCGGUAAUCUCGGCGCGGCGGGCGCUGGCGCGCGAGAUACGCACGCUGACCGACCAGCUCCGGGCGAAGAGCCGGCUGCACGGCUUCGACCGCGCGCUGCCGACGCUGUGGACCGUGGCGCGCCAGGCGAUCUACACGAUCACCGUCAUGAGCCAGGUCCGCUCGAUCGAGCGCCUGACGCUCCCGAAGCCCUACUCGAACCUCAUCGACGUGCUCACGGCCUUCGCCAUCGACGUCGACAAGUACCUCGGGCCGCUCGCGUGCUUCGAAAUCACGUACUACGACGAGCUCCUGUUCUGGACGCUGCUGCCGCCCGCGGCCCUGGCGGUCGCGGUGCUCGCCGCGGUCGCGGCGGGCCAGAUGCGCGGGACCGCGCGCCGGAUGCGCGGGGCUUCGAUCGGCGACGAACGGGCGCUGAUGCUGCCGGACGCGCCGCGCGUCCGCCGCGGCGACGGGCGCUCGCCCCUGCGGCGCGUCGUCGUGGCGUGGGUCAUCGCGUGCAUCUACUUGCAUUCGUUCAUCUGCGGCGUGAUCUAUAAAGUGUCCGUGUGCGCGCGGCCCCACGGCAACGAAAGCAAGUUCUUGACGCAUCGAGGAAGCCGGAGCUUCGUCCGGUCGGACUACGGCCUCGCGUGUUACACGAGCACGUACCGCGCCUACCGUCUCUACGCCGGGCUCGCGUUCAUCGCCUAUGCGACCUUCCCCGCCGUGCUUGCAUUGAAGCUCUGGGUGAACCGCAAGAGCGGCCGCCCCGACACGUAUUUGGCGUUCAUGACGUCGCACCUCCGGCCGGGCGCGUGGGCCCUGGAGUGCGUGAGCAAGGGCGAGGUCUUCUCGCAGAAGCAGGACGUCGUCUUCGGCGUGUUCUGUUUCCUCUUGACGGUGUACCUCUUUGCCGGCGUCGCGUAUAACGUCUGGCGCGCCGACGUCCGGGACCUCGUCGAUGGGCUCCGGGAAAACCGCUUGGACCGGCUCGCAUUACGGCGGCUCUACGAGGGCGCCGAAAAGGCGGCCGACGACGCCAUGGCCACCCUCGCGCGCGAGGCCUUGGAGAACGACUCCGGCCGCGCGUUGAUCGAGCGCGGCUCGGUGGGGACGGCCGCCGAGCAGCCGGCGCUCGUCGCCGACGCGCUGAACGCGUACGUGAAAACGCUCGGCGGCGAGGCCCUGCGCGACCGCGUGGAUGCGGCCGCCCUACCCGAAAUCCUCCACGCGCUCGCGGGCGGCGCUUUCGACGGGUUCCGGAGCGCGCUCGAGGCGAUCGUCGCCGCGGUCGAAGGAAGCUCGUUGAUGGGCAACUGCGACCCGCGCACCGCCGUCAAGCCGCCGUUCGAGCUCCUGCGGCUCAAGAACAACUUGGCGAGCGAGGAGAAGCCCUUCAACCUGCUCGCCGUGUUGGAGUUCGCGCCUCGGGACGCCGAGGUCCCUCUCGUCGUCGAGGUGCAGCUGCUCUUCGACCACCUGCUCCCGCUCUUCGCGCACACGCACGUCCUCUACUCCGUCUAUCGCGCCCGCUCCUUCGGCUCGCGCAACGCCGCUUCUACGAGCGGCGUCGCCGGCAAGCGGGAGCCGCCCCGCCGCGUCGUCGACAUCGAGGCGCUCGUCGACGACAGCGAGGACGACGACCCCGUGGCCGUCGUCGUCGGCGGCGUCGACGACGCGGCGGCGGGCGACGGCGUCGAGUGCGGCGCGUGCGGCCUCUUCGAGCAGGCCGUCGUCGACGCGCCCGCGCACUUCCCCGACACCGACGAGCCGCGGUUGCAAGUAUAG